GCAAUAUAUAUUAGCAAAUAGCCACAACUAUCAACAAUUACUGCAAUUUUCUGAGAUCAAGCUAGAAAAAGGUUUCGAGGCGACAAAUUCAAUUCACAAACAACAAACAACAGUAAUCAUUUUAUCUUUGCCUUCCUAUUUACAAUUCAGCAACAGAACUCACUCAAGAAGUUUUAAUGGAUUCAAACCAAUCUUACGCUUCCAAUACAUCAAAUAUAAACAGCGAUAAUGAUCGAAAUAGAAUUAAGAAAACUCGUCACAGAAUUCCAACAACCUGUGCUGUUUGCAGAAAACGUAAAAUGAAAUGUGAUAAAUCUAGGCCUUUCUGUGGUGCUUGUAUUCGAAAUAACACAACUCAAUAUUGUAUAUAUGAGGACCAGCCAUGGGCUAUUGCAAAUGAGAUUCAGAAAUUAAAAAAUGAUUUGAACUCUGAAAAAAAGAAAAAUCAGCAAUUAAAUCAACAGAUUCAAUCAUUGAGGAAAUCGGAAUUGAAUUUAAUGGCAGCUUUAUCUCAUACAAGAAAACUGUCCGAUUCAAAUUCUUCUUCAUCCAUUUCUUUGAAUAGCGGAACUACUACUGGCUCUUCAAUAUCAAAUCCUCAAGAAGCUUUUAUUUCUUUUGACAUUUUCACUGCUCCCAAAGUCAACCAAUCACAUCAUAAUGAUUUUGGUAAUAGUAAUGAUCCUUUAGUUGAAUUAUCCAAAAAAUUUGACAUGUUGGUCAUUAAAGAAAGUAAAUUAAUGCAUUUUGGUCCUACAAGUUAUAUGGCAAUGAUAAAUAAUGACAUGAUUGUUACAAGAGUCUUUAAUAAAUACUUACAAGAUCAACAAAAGAAAUACUUUAAUUUGAAAAAGUCUUUAGACCUUACUGGUGCAAAUUUGAAAGAUCCAAAUGUAACCUUUUGUGCAAAUUUAAUACCCGAAGAUGAGACAAAUAUUUUUGAUCCUAAUAAAUCGCCAUCGUACGAUUUAGUAAUUAAAGGUAUCAAUGACUUAUUACCUCCAAAAUCAGUUGUCGAUGGCUUGUUGGAUAGAUUUUUUAAUGUUUGUUAUCAAACAUUCCCAAUCAUUGAUAAGAGCUUAUUUUAUGAAUCUUUAGAUCAAGUUCUUAAAAUCGAUUACACAAGACCCAAUUCUUACAUGUUUAAGGUUCCUGACAAGUCAUAUUUGUCCACUCUUUGUAAUUUUUUAAUAAUGUUGAGAGUGGCUUUCUUGUCAACCAAUUUAAAACCGACUGUAUAUUCUGAUUUUUCAACAAAUGAUAACGUUCCCGCAGCUAAAAUAUCAAAUUCAAAUUCAAAUGGAAAUGGAAAUGGAAAUAGUGAAGAAAUUGGAAAUUAUAAUUAUGAUAAAUUAACUUAUGAGUUAUCAUUAAAUAAAACUGUUGUUGGUCCUAUUUAUAUUGAACAUGCAAAAAAUUGUAUUGCUCAAGCUUCAACACUUAGAAAGACAACUUUUAGAUCUGUCCAGGCUUUAUUACUUUUAAGAAUGUAUAGAUACUACAGUCCCGAAGAUGGUGAUGAAGGCGCCGACUCCACAGUUUUAUUAGCAAUGAUUAUUCAAAUGGCUAAAAUGGUUGGACUCCAUCGUGAUCCAAAUCAAUUUUCCUUAAUUGAAGAUGAAAGAGUGAAACAUGUAUGGAGAAAAAUGUGGUUCAAAUUACUAAGAUUUGAUGCAUUUCAUUCCUUCAUGUUUGGUGUACCUUUGAGUAUUAGCGAUGAUAAUCAAUGGGAUACCGAGAUCCCUUAUUUGAAGGCCUCCAACAUAUUAUCUUCUGAUCCUUCUGAAACUUUUGUCAUUAGAUUUAUGAAUUUAGAAUAUGAGGUAACCACAGUCACUAAAAAAGUUAUGGUUUUGUGUUCCAAUUGCAAAACAUCUCCAAAAAGGUCUGAAAUCAACGAAUGUAACAAAUUAAUUGAUAAUAUAUUAAAUUAUAAGAUUCAAUCAUUUCAAGAAUUGAUUGAUUCGGUUCCCAAGUUAGAAUCUAAUGACAGUUUUUCUAAUAGAAUCCAUGAAAUUUGUCAUAAAUGCCACGAAUUUUGUUUAAGAGAUCAUCUUUUAUCAGUGAAAUAUAUAUUAAAUUAUAUAUUAUUCUUAACUUGUGAGUCUCAUGAAACGGAACUCCAAGAGAAAUAUUUGGCAGCUUCAGUUGAAUGUGCUUUAAUAAUGUUUAAAGUAGCUUAUGAUUAUUCACACAAUACAUCUGAAUUGUUUGGUGGAAGAUUUGAGAUGCUUUUAGCUCCAUCAGUUUUUGUUUGUGCUCAACGAGCAUUCCAAUUAAUUGGAUCGUUUAUUAUAAGAAUUCAUACAAAAUUAACGAAUUUUGAUGAACUAAAACUAUAUGAAUUUAAAUCAAAGGAUUCUAAAGGCUUAUAUGAAUGGUUAGUUAAUGGCGAUAAAAGAACACAACUUUCAUCUAUAUCAGCCUCACAAGGUCGCUUAGACUUAAGUAAAAGGUUGUUCAAAUAUGUCGAAGAAAUGUAUUAUUGUACACUAGAUUUAUCAAAAAGAUAUUUUGUUUCAUGGAGGUUAUCAAAAUUAAUUCAAAUGUACAUUUCUUACUUAAUUGAGAUACAUCCUGAAUUCAAGCUAAUUUGUCGUAGUAAAAACUUAAAAGGUGACGACGAAGAAGUUGACAAUAACCCCGUUAAUCCCACUUCUCCAGAAAGUGAAUUGGGAGAUGAAUUUCAAAAAUUCCUCAAUUCUAUUAAUCAAAGUGAGUUUGACCCGGACGAUGAUAUAAUGAUGGAUAAUAUUGACUCCAACUAUUGGUCCAAUUUAAUGGAUGAGGCAGGACAAAUCAGGUUUGAUUAUUUGAAUCCUGUAAUAGAUGGAUAUAUCAGAGAUCCAUUUGUGUUGAACACAUCUUUUCAAAAUUUUGAUGAUUUGGCUUUUAAAAAUAAUAUAAGCGAUCUUAACAAUGGAAAUAAUAACCACUUCAAUUUUGAAAACGUUAACGUUAAUGAUCUUAAUAAUUUUGGUUAUUUCAACGACAUGAAUAAUAUUGAGAAUAUUGCUGAUAUUACACAUAUGAAUGAUGUCAAUAACAUGAGUAAUAUCAACGACGUUAGAAAUACAAACAAUGUGAACAAUAUAAACAUAAACAUGGACACGAACAAUAUGAAUGAUUUGAAUAUAAACAACAUAAACAAUAUGAAUAGUAAUUUAGGUGGUUUGGAAAAUGUUCACAAUUCCAGUGAUAACUCAGCGAUAAUUCACAAUGAAUUGUUGAACUCUUCAAACAGCACCAAUUCCAAUAAUUUGGACUCGAUGAUCAAUACUUUGAUACAUGGGAACAGUUUAGAAGAUACUCUGCCUGGCUUUUCAAGCCUCCCAGCUAACAUGGAUUUGAGAGACAUUAGGCAAAACAGCACAGCACAUUAUCACAACGAAAAAAAACUGAAGACUUUCUCGAACUAGUUUCCAUUAGCACUCGAGUUUUGUGUAUAUAGUGAACAUAAUUCACUGAAUAAACAUCACCUACUCUAGGUAGUUCCUUUUUGGGCAGU